UUUUGAUAAUUUUCCAAAAAAAACAAUAACUUCGUUAAGCCAGUCACAGUUUUUGGCGUAUGUGAAGAAAUGUAAAACCUUGUCGGAUAGUAUAAAUUAAGUGAAUGUAAACGUAUGGAGACAGGAAUCAUCUUCUACGAGCAGAACCAUGUGAUUUUCCUCAGUCACUUUAUCGUAUCAUAUAUGACCCAUAUAAAAAUUAAAGUCAUUGACUCUCACUAAGUCCAUUAUUCUCCCAUGCACAAUCAUCGCUAGGCCCUGUCUCCUAUCUACGAUAACUUACACUCAACACACAUAUUGACAUAUAUAGAUGUUUUAUUCGUAAGUUCAUUAUCCCUACAACAAAUUACAGAACUUACCCAUGUGAACUUGUAUUUGUAUUAUAGCUAAUCCGUUUGAACCGCAAGCUGAUUUAUGUUUUUUUUUUACUAACAAGCUGCUUUAUGUUUAUAUGUCAAUUAAAUCUUUAGCUUGGAGAUCGUUAGAUUCAGCUCUAAAUGUAAAAUAGUAAUCCACAUAAUUAAUUAACUAUACAAAACUCAAAAUACAUACAACGGUUAGUAGAUCCGCCACAUAGUAUUAUCAAACACUGACCCAGGUUUAAGAAACAAUAACCCAAACUACUCGUAACGUUUAGCAAAAGAAAUAAAAUAAGAAACUACUCAUAACGCGACACGUCAAUUAUAUCAUAUAAUACUAUAUAUGUAUGAAAAUUGCGUGAAUGUAUCCUAGAUGGCACGCAUCCCAAACCCUAUAUAAAUAAUGUGUGUAAGUAUGUCCAAAUAUAUUGAAGCACCCAAGUUCCUAAGCGAGGUGGAAACACAAGAUCCCACAAAAUCCGUUAAUGUCUUGUGACUCACAGCCAACACAAAUAGGUCACUACAUUAAAUAAACUAUAUAUAACUAUGCCUAACAAGGUCGCUGACAUGCAUUUCCACCGAGAAGAAGAAGAAGAUGCUGGAGCGAUCAGGAGAUCAUCCUCAAGAACACCGAGAGGGCAUUUCGUGGUUUACGUUGGUACGAAGUUGGAAAGAUUUGUGGUCCCCACAAGGUUUCUGAAGAGCCCUUCGUUUCAGAAUCUUCUAGAAAAGGCUGCCGAGGAGUUCGGUUACGCGGAGGCUCACCCUAAUAAGAUUGUCUUGCCCUGUGAUGUCUCUACUUUCCGAAGUCUCGUCAUGUUCCUGACUUCUCAUGACAAGUAACACAUAUAUCUGAUGUGUUAUAAUUUAAAUAGUCUUGUACUAUUGGAUCUUAAUUAAUCUGCGAGUGUAAGUUCUUUGUUUAUCAUAUGUUGAACAUUAUCUUAACGCGCUUUUGAUUUCCAACCUAACACUACGUAAAACUUAAGUACGUAUUGUAUACGAAACAUAAAACUCAAAAACUAAAAUCAAAUAAUGGAUGAAUUCUUAAUAUUUUCAUUACCACGGUUUACAGAAAGAAAAUCUUAGCAGGUGGAAAAUUUAAAGAACCCUGAAGGUUAUGGCUCUGCCUUAUAUACAAAUAUCUAAACCUAAUUGGAGAUCUAAGGGCAACAUUAUCGCAACGUCCCAGCUGGUCCUUAAGGGCAGGGAACCCACAAAAACACCAGGACCGAGGGGAAAAGUCGUUAUAUAAGCAACGUCCCAGUUCGUCCUUCGUCCUUCGUUCUUUGAUAUCUCUUGCGUCCUUUGCUUUUUUUAUUUUAAGGACUUAAAAUUGUCCUAGCGAUAAUGAUGGCCUAAUAGUGAUACCAAAAUAUACAGAUAACUACUAGUACCUAAAUACCCAAUAAGAAGUAAUCAGUUUUCAGAUAUGCUUAUAUCUCAACAUCCUUUUUGAAAUUGGAAUGUGUAGAUAAAAAUCAACCAACUUUAGAAAAGUACAUCAAACUCUUUUUCAUCUAAAUCCUUCAUAGAUCAUAAGCAGGUCUCAAAAAUCACCCCGUAGUCUCAUAAACAAUGAUAAGCAAGUCAAAAAGGAAGCAUCCAAACAUACAAACAUUUGUUACACAUGGAAAGUACCAAAAGACUUUACAUCUACAGAAAUCCGGCCCAAGUCUCAUAAAGAAUGAUAAGCAAGUCAAAAAAGAAGCAUCCAAACAUACAAACAUUUGUUAACUCUAAUCAUAUAGGGUGCAAUUAAUGGAGUGUGAAUUAACUGCAAACGGACAUCAAAAAGAUUAGCUACAAAUGUUGGUGGCUGAAAUUAAAACAACUAGGCAAAAUAGGAAAGCAUAGGCUUCUUUAAGAAAAGUUAUAAGAAUAAUUGCAGAUAACAUGCAACAAACACGAUAUAAUAUAUUUAUGGUUUUAUAUAUGGUCUAGGACUCAGAAUAUAAUCUUAUAAUUAUAGCAGCAAUAGUUAAAUGUAUUGGUUUGUUAGAUAUAGCAAAUCAAUACAUUUAUUACACCAAAAAAAUCAAUACAUUUAUCUUUUGUUGUUUAUUGUAAGAUAUAUGCAUUAGUCCACCAAGUUCUAACAAAUUUCACCAAAAUUUGCAACUUAGUUUUCGUUAGUCAUGACGCUUGACCAAAUGCUGAUUCAAGUUAUCCAAAUCUCAUAGGUCGAUGCUUAGAAAAAUCAUCUUUUCAGUACAACUACCUCAGUAUAAAUAGUAGAACUCGAUACAACUACUACAGUAGAAUUAGUAGAACGUGGUACAACUACCAGACUAGAACUUGAUACAAUUUUUUAAAAAAUUUGCAUUUUCAAAUUUUUUAAAAUUUCAUUUAAAAAAAAAUAUUAAUUUGGAAAGUCAACAAGGGUAAAAAUCGGGUUUCCAUGUUUUCAUUAAAAGGUGAAGGGCAUUCAGAUUACUUAAGGAUAUAAUGGAUUUCUUUUUUCUAUAUAAGGGUAUAUGAGAUGAUGGCUCGUGUAUUUGCCUAGCUUUAAUCACUCGUAACCUAGGGUUCGCGUUUCUCCAGUGUACCAGAAUAACCCGUAGUCCCUGAUGCCUUUCGGGAAUGGAAAGAAUAUUUAUGUUUAACUAUUUUUAUGAAAAAAAACCAAAAAAAAUAACAAUUUGUGAGACCGUCACUCGAGUGAUGUAUGAUAGUCAUUGUGAAAUCUUCUCCCUUCUCUCAUCAAACCUCCAUUUUUGAAGCUUGUUCUCCGACUCCGGUUUCUCUCUUAGAGUCGGAGUCGGGUUUAGUUGCCAUGGAUCAUCUCUUUUUGGGGUUUAAUUGGUUUAGAUCUUCAGUUUUAAUCCAUUUUUUCUCUCAACGAGUUUAGAUCUUGAUCUAUAUUCUCGUUUUACCGGAGGGAAAGAGGGCUUUUGAUAAUCUGUUAUGGUUUUAUUUUGUUACUGAUUUGCAUGCCUUUUAAUUGGGCUGGUGGUUCUGGGUUGUGAUUUGAAACUGUGGGCUUAUCGAUUGAUUUUGCAUUUCUUCGAGUUCUCCUUGAGUCUUUUCCGGUUCGAUCUUUUUCCUCUCUUGCAUGUUGAGUGUGGCGGAAUCCGGUUAAGGUUGUAUUCGCUCCUUGUCUUCUCCAUACGGAUCUGAUCGAGAUCUGGUCCUUGCAUAAAGCUUCUUUAAUGGCGUUCUCAAAUCAUCUAUCCGACGUCGCAGCAACUGGUUUAUUGUUAUGGAACUCAACUUGUUCUGUCUUGCUGGUUCUUGAAGCUUGGUUCUUUUCAAUGGUUGGGCUAGGAGGUUUCAGUAAUUGUGGUCUAGCUGUGACGUGGCUUCCUCGACUUACGUGUAUUAAGGAUCUUGUCCAAGUUUGCAUGUAGAAUUGAUCUAAGUCUUUUUGUUGGUUUCAAUCAGUUCGGUUCUGUGUUA